CAGCCAUGUCGCAACAAAAAAUGGCGGUUUAACAUUGACAUAAGUCAAAAGUGUUGCCCUAUGGAAAACACUUGCCUAUAUGUUUUGUGCUCUUCAGUGUAUAUGUUUUGUGACGGCAGCUCUUCCCGCGCAAUGUCAAAAGCGCGUCAAAGUGACACAAACAUAACCACAAUAACCUCAAAUCGUUUGUCUGCAUUUUGGCGCGCUUUUUAUAAGAUUGUAGUGAAUGUGUGUGGUGUAUUGAAAAUUCAAGAAAUAAAACCUAAAAACCGUCAAAAUGUCUUCUCCAUCUCAAGAUGCCGAAAGAUCACCUCGAGGGCGACCAGCAGGUUUACGUACUCCCGCCAGAGAGCAGCCUUCCCCUGCUCCCAGCGGCUCGAAGACCCCAUCAAGAACACCCACAAGGGCAGCCGCUUCGCCUGCCAAAAGUACCGCUUCUAGCAGAAGUUCUGGUAGAACACCUAGAAGAACUGCUGCAACUCCUUCCUCAAAGAGUGUAGUGUCUUCUGUGGCGAGAAAUCCCUGCUUCUCCAGCACACAGCAUCGCCCCGACCAGUCCAGGUAUGGGGCUGAUUUCAGAGAUUGA